UUUUUAUAAGAUACAUUCAACCUGAGCAAUUUUCUUUACUUUCCUUUAUAAAAGAAAAAGCAUCAAAACCCUCCCAUGGAAGUUGGAUAAGUGACCAUAUAUUCAUCUGAAUUUAAAUAAGCAAAAUUUCGUUCGGUUAUACACUAUGGUUUCUCAGCCGAUCAAAGCAUCUCCGCAAAGCUCAAAUCGAGCAUAUUCCAGUUCAAAAAAAGAUUCUUCCAUUGCACAAGAAACUUUCGAACUGUUUGUAGGCUCAUGGAAUAUAGGAGGCGUCUCACCGCCCGAUAACCUGAACCUCGACGAUUUUCUCGACACGAAAAACAGCACGGCGGAUAUAUACGUCAUUGGGUUUCAAGAAAUCGUGCCACUCAAUCCCGCAAACAUUUUGGCGCCAGAAAACAGCAACUUAUCGAAGAAAUGGAAUUCGUUAAUUCAAACGGCGCUCAACAAGAGAAUCGUGACAGAAGAUAGACCACAAAAGGUAGAAAUCGGAGAGACGCAGAGGAUUUAUCCCCUAAAGAAAGACAGCUCCGAUUUUAAAUGUGUAAUAAGUAAACAAAUGGUCGGAAUAUUUAUCACCGUGUGGGCGAGAACAGAGCUACACGGUUAUAUCAGCCAUCCAAGUGUCUCAUGUGUCGGCUGCGGAAUCUUGGGCCGCCUGGGAAAUAAGGGUUCGGUCUCGAUCAGAUUUUGCUUGUACGAAACGAGCUUUUGUUUCGUGUGUAGCCAUUUAGCUUCGGGUGGUAAGGAAGGCGACGAGAGGUACAGAAAUGCAGAUGCAGGACAUAUUUUAUCGCGCACGCAAUUUCUAACCGAACGGCAUCUGCCCAGAAAAAUACUUGACCACGAUCGGGUGAUUUGGCUAGGCGACUUGAAUUAUAGGAUUUCACUGCCUGAGGAUACGACAAGAUCGUUAGUGAUAAAGAACGAGUGGAGUAUCUUAUUACAAAAUGACCAGCUGAAAGCUGAGCUGAAAAAAGGCCGUGUGUUCGAGGGUUGGCAUGAGAAAGAAAUUACGUUUGCACCGACGUAUAAGUAUGACGAAAACUCGGAUAAUUACUACGGAUCAAAUCAGAACAUAAAAGCAAAGAAAAUGCGAGAUCCUGCAUGGUGCGAUCGAAUAAUUUGGUUUGGGGAGGGAUUGAAGCAGAUCAAUUACGACAGAUUUGAAUCUAAGUUAUCCGAUCAUAGACCUGUUCGAGCAAUUUUCGUAGCAUGUAUUAAAGUAUCUAGACCGUCGAGAGAAACACAGAGCAUACUGUUAAACGGAUUUCCCGAUUCAUCAAUAUAAUAAAAGAAAGAAAAAAAAGAUUAUAAAGAUUUCUUCCCUCCUAAUUGAAGUUUCACAUAACAGACAGUCAUGAAAAUUAGUCACACGAUUUGACGAGAGUAAUUAAGCAAUCAGUAUUAAACACACAAAUGAAAUGUAAGAAAAACUUUUG